AUGCGCACCUCCACAAUCUUGACUGCCCUCUCUUUAGGACAAGUCACACUCGCAGCAAUCGAACCCAAGAACUUCAUAUUCAUCGUUCCCGAUGGCAUGGGUCCUGUCUCCCAGACACUGCUUCGCACAUACCUGUCCAUGGUCAACGGAAACUCGACCACUCGUGCUCCCCGAAUAAAUGCUCUACCUAUCGACGUUACUGUCAUCGGCAACACUCGAACCCACUCUGCCAACAAUCUCGUGACAGAUUCUGGCGCCGCUGGUACUGCUCUUGCCACGGGACACAAGACCGACAACGGAGCUAUCGGUGUGAUGCCCGAUGGCACUCCGGUUGGAUCAGUGAUGGAAGCUGCGAAGCUAGCAGGCUAUCUCACUGGCCUCGUAGUGACUUCACCCAUCAGUCACGCAACUCCCGCAGCUUACUUCUCCCAUGCUUUGAGCCGAGACGCUCUUGAUAAGCUCGCAGAGCAACAAAUUGGCUACAGCCAUCCCCUAGGUAUCAGCGUUGAUCUGAUGCUUGGUGGCGGUCGCUGCUACUUCCAGCCUCAGAAUGAGUCUGACUCAUGCCGCACUGAUGACAUUGACCUGUUCGCAUACGCCGAGUCAAAAGGCUACUAUACCGCCCGCGAUCGUACGAGUUUCGACGCUCUUGAGCUUGGUCUAGGUGACAUCAAGCUUCCUUACGUUGGCCUGUUCAAGGAUGGAGAUCUCAGCUAUGAGGUCGACCGCCAACAACAAGCCGCGGAAGUCCGCGAGCCAUCGCUGUCUGAGAUGACUCAAGCUGCUCUCAAUUCGCUUUCGCGGGCCAGUGCAUCCAACGAGAAGGGCUACAUCAUGAUGAUCGAAGCUUCGCGGAUUGAUCACUCGUCGCACGCGCACGACUCAGUCGCCCAUCUUCACGAAGUCUUCGAAUUCAACAAUGUCGUAAACAUGGUCAUGAAGUGGAUUGAUUCCCACCCUGACACCGCCUUCCUCGCUGUUGCAGACCACGAAACCGGCGGCAUAACCAUACCUUCUCAGUACGACCCAUCGCUACUCCAACCCAGUAUACACUCUGUCGAAUACUUGAGUGAGCUCUGGAGCGACUACAACGGUACCGACCGCGCCGCAUAUCUGUCGAGCGAGAUCAUUCCUUCCUAUGGUCUGACGAACGUCUCCGAUGCCGAAGUUGAGACGCUUCUCUCCGCUGGCGAUGAAUUUGGACAGGAGCUAGCCGACCUUCUGAAUGCUCGCGCUGGACUCGAAUGGUCGACUGGCGGUCACACUGGUAUCGACACCACCCUGUACGGCUAUGCUGCUGGUGAAAUGGGUGACAGGCUUGUUCUGGAUAUGGCGGGUGGUUGGGAUAACACUGACUUGCCCAAAUACGUGGCUGCCGCGUUGGGUGUAGACAUGGAUAAAGUCACGGAGCUGUUAAGUGCUAAUGGAACGGAAUGGGUACCUAGGGAUGACGAAGAGUCGGAGCGUAAGCGCUGA